AAUGGCGAUGCCUGCGUUUCUCUUUUUCAGUCGCUUUACACAACACUUUAGCAACACAAAUUUUAACACUAAAAUACUGUACGAGCGGUUCUUUUAAUUAAAUUGCACUAUUAUCAAGGAUGCGCGGUGAACUUACGCCACAGACGUGCCGGGUGUGCCUGGAGACCAGCGCUCGGCUGCAGCGCCUGGACGAAUCCCGCGAGGAAGGCGAGGAGACGCCAAACGAGAUGUUGAUCCAACUAUUGGGAGUCUCGUACAGCAAGCUGAACGACAAGGAACAGAUACCAGACGGUAUCUGUAAGUCGUGCAAGGUGGAACUCAACAUGGCCUACCAGUUCCGCGAGAAAGCGCUACGAAAGCAGGCCGAGAUCGAGGACUAUUGCCGGGAAAUGGGCCUUCUGGACGAGUCCGAUGAUAUGCUGAUCAAGGAGGAGGACGGCUCUCAGACUCACUGUGACGAGGAGAUGUACAUCCUGGAGGAGACUACCACUGGAGAGGAAGAAGACCACCAGCAGGAAAAGGAGCCGGAGGAGUACCUAGAAGUAGACGCUAGCGAGCAGCAGGAGUGCAUCGGCGACACCAUCGAAUAUCUGGAAGACAACUACACCAUUGAAAUGAACCCGGACCAAACAGAGAUCGUCUUAGAGGCUGAAAAGCAGUACGAAGAGACGCCCUCGCAGCAAAUAGCGCUCGAGGAGGCGGCCAAGGCAAGCUUGAAGGCACGUCGCGGGCGCGUUCGUCGAGGCUUGAACUCUCUGACCACUUCUGACGGCACCGAGAAGGGCGGCUACAUCUGCGAUGUCUGCGGCAACUUCUACGAGAAGCGCGGUCGGAUGAUGGAGCACCGAAGGCGCCACGACGCCAUCUGCCAGUACACGUGCGAACUGUGCGAUGCCAAAUUCCAGGUCCGCGAACAGCUGCGAAAGCACAUGUACUCUCACACGGGCAGCAAGCCCUACAAAUGCAGCUUCUGCAGCAGGCAAUUCUUCUACGAAAGUGUCUUGAAGUCCCAUGAGAAUGUUCACCGCGGCAUCAAGCCCUAUGUGUGCAAGGUGUGCGACAAAGCAUUUGCCUACGCACACUCGCUGACCAAGCACGAGUUAAUACACACGGACAUUAAGUUGUACCGAUGUGAUUACUGCCACAAGGACUUCCGACUGCUGCACCACAUGCGCCAGCACGAGGAGACCAAACUACAUCAGAACGCCGUAAUGCUGGCGGAGAGUAUGAAGGUUGAAAUGGUACCCGAAGAGGAAGACGCUCACGAAAUCAGAAUUCAGGCUCGUUGAUGCAAUACACCCAAAUAGAUAUUUUAUUUUUCUUAACAUACUGUAUAAUACGCAAAUAUAAUCCCACAGUCCUAUUUUGUAACUCUAGCUCAUAGCAGAUACAUAUAAGAACUAAAUGUUAAUACUUUAACUUCUUUCGAUCAUAAAUAAAGUUAAGUUUAAUUAAAAAUAUGUA